AUGAUUUACUUUUUAGCAAACAUCUUUCACCUUCUCCAUGAACGGAUUUCUCCCACUUGCCGGUUCGAAAAAUCUCUUUAUGACCUCAUUAGAGGUCUGCGGAGCCACAAAGGGAGCGAAGCGGAAUAUAUACAGAACAGCUUGAAGGAAUGCAAAUCCGAAAUCAAGUCUCCAGAUAUGGAUAAAAAGACCAUCGCACUCCUCAAGCUGAUAUACCUCGAAAUGUUCGGAUACGACAUGUCUUGGGCAUCCUUCCACGUCCUCGAAGUGAUGUCUUCACCAAAACACCUGCAGAAGCGGAUUGGUUACUUGGCUGCCGCCCAAAGUUUUCGCGCCGAGACAGAAGUAUUGAUGUUGGCGACAAAUCUACUGAAGAAGGAUAUAGUUUCAUCAUCCAUCGUUAAUCUAUCGUUACCGCUCGCAACACUACCGCACAUAGUUACUCCGUCGCUCGCCAUGUCUCUUUUAAAUGAUCUCCUCCCCCGACUCUCACAUUCGAAUGCAGUGAUUCGGAAGAAGUCUAUUGUUGUGCUUUACCGCUUUGCCCUGGUUUACCCUGAAACACUCCGGCUGGCUUGGCCAAAACUCAAGGAACGCCUUAUGGAUGAUAAUGAAGAUAGUAGCGUCAUUGCUGCCGUUAUGAACGUUAUAUUGGACAGCGGGAAUAAUUGGAUGGCCAUCAAGAUAAUUAAGUUGUUCGCAACUCUCACGCCCCUAGAACCUCGCCUAGUACGAAAGCUACUUAGGCCUUUAAUAAGCAUUAUACAGACGACGACCGCCAUGUCUCUUCUCUAUGAGUGUAUCAAUGGCAUAAUACAGGGAGGUAUCCUUACAGAAGCUGAAGGGACACAAGAAGGUGAUGAAAUUGCAAGCUUGUGUGUAACGAAACUCAGAGGCAUGGUUGUCAUGGAUGCCGACCCCAAUCUGAGAUACGUCGCUCUUCUUGCCUUCAACCGCAUUGUCAUAUCGCACCCACAUCUUGUUGCAAUGCAGCAAAACGUGAUUAUGGACUGCUUGGAUGAUCCGGACAUUUCUAUUAGACUUCAGUCACUUGAGCUUGCAGUGCAAAUGGCUACACCAGAUACAUUACAAGACAUUGUCAACCGCUUGUUGAGGCAGUUACUGAAUAGUAGAAAAUUGGAGACUCGACAAAAUGCCGACGGCGAUACUGUUGAAGGUGCCAGUGGUUGGCGGGACGCGGAAUUUCUGGAUUCUACAUCUUCGACAAGUGCAACCCAUGCCGUGCAUGAUUUACCAACCGAUUACAAAAGCGACGUCGUUACACAUAUUUUGGAUAUUUGUUCCCGAGACAACUAUGCGGAUAUCGUUGAUUUUGAGUGGUAUGUUGAAGUCUUAGAGCAAUUGCUGAAGCUUUUGCCUCAUCUCAAUAUGAAUAAACGUGGUCAGAGUGACGACCCUUUGAACUACCUUCCCAACACAGAUAUUGCAGUCAGGAUAGGUGCGGAGCUCCGAAGCAUUGCAGUGCGAGUAAAAGCUGUUCGAGAGAAGGCCACUAAGGCAGGGGAGUCAUUUCUCUUCUUGGUUGAUAUGCAACAGGCUUAUCAGAGUGCUUUAUUCUCCUACGUUGGCGCACUUGGUCCGAUUGCUUGGAUAGCCGGCGAAUACUCACAACUUUUGUCAUUUCCUGAUCGCAUUCUGAACAUUCUCAUCAAUCCGAAUAACAAAUCACUCCCUGGAAAAGUCCUGAUCCUUUACCUACAGGCAAUGCCUAAAGUGUUCUUGCGAUUAAUAUCCUCGGAGAGUGCAUGGCCUGCUAGCAGCAACACCGAGUACUCCAUUGUCCUCUCGCGUCUGAUCACUUUCUUGGAGGGCUUGGGAGCUCAUCCAGACUUGGAUGUGCAAGAACGAGCAACUGAAUUCCUUGAACUCCUUCGUUUGGCGAAGGAAGCGUUGCAACCGGACGUGAAAGACCUUCACGAAUUACCUUUCUUACUCGCAGAUGUCAUUCCCAGUCUUUUCAAAGGUUUGGACCUGAACUCUGUAUCAAUUGAGGCUCAAAAGAGGGUCCCACUUCCAGAGGAUCUGGAUCUGGACCAAACAAUAAACGUCACACUGCCAAAGGUUAUCGACGACAAUUAUGAUACAUGGGCUGAGGGGGAGACUUACAAUGACAUAAAGAGCUUUUAUUAUGUCCCUAGCGGCCCUUUGUUCCUCCAGAAGCAGAUGGGUCUAGAGACUCAAAUUGAUAUCAGCUUGGAAAAUACAGAUACAAGUCAUGGAAAUCCGAAUAGGAUCCAAGAACGGUUUAGUCGCCCCGAACGGAACAGGGAUGAUCCUUUUUACAUUGGAUAUAGUGAAGGUGUCGCUGCUGAUACAGUCAAUUCCUCCUAUCAAGUUCACGACAUCUCGAAUAAGGAAGAAUUGGAUAUAGAUUCUAUUCCAAUCAUCGACCUUACAACCAUGGAGUCAGACACACACUCCCAAAGGCCGGAUAAAAGCUCUAGAGGCCGCAGCAAGCCACGGAAGUAUCAAAUAGCUGCUCAUGAAACCAUUGACUAUGAUGGAUCACUUUCUACGGGAUUGAAAAAUCAGAAAUCCGACUCAAGGACUUCAACAGGGCGAAGUCUCCUACAGGUGGAUACAAGCGGAAUUGAACGUUUAGCUCUAAGCGAAGCGCAUGGAUCUCCAUCGAAUCAUGACUUGCAGCCUGAGCAGAGAAGUGAAGAGCAAGAUUUGGAAAUGGCCGAGGCGAUGCGAAAAAUAGAACGUGCCCGCCUGGAAAUGCAACGAGCGUCAGAGCGGAUAAACGUUCCAGGGUUACCCUCUGAUGGCCAACUUAUCAAGAAGAAAGCUGUUAAAAAGAAAAAGAAGAAGAAAGUCGUGAGCGGAGAAACCUAA